AUGCCGAAUGCCGAAACCAGAAACGAACCCCCCACCAUCGUUGAACCGUCAACCUCAACACCUAAACGCGCUAGGGAAGAACCUACCUCCGUCGAAAAAUCCUCUAGCAAAAAAGCUAAGAAGUCUAGCGAAAAGAAGGAUGAAGUUUCUCCUAUGUUAAAAAAACUUAUCCGAGAACUGAAAACCAAAUCAUCUGAAGUAUCUCCAACUAUAGAAAGUGAUAAUACUCAAAAGGGGAAUACUACAAAUUUUCCGUAUUUAUAUUCCAAACUCAUUAAUGCAGAAGCUCGAAAUGAAAGCACAAAUCGUGAAGUUAUUCAAAGCUAUUAUAUAUUCGGACAAGCAUAUGAGGAGCGCUUCGAGCAUUACAGAAAAUCGAAUCGAGAACACAAAGCUCAGCGUCUACUUAAUGAAGAGAUUAGAAAGCAGUUUACUGGUAAUAUUACUGAUACUAAUUUUUGGAAGAAGAUAGAAAAAGCUCGAAAGAUAUAUGAUCUCUUCUCUAGCAUUG